UAAAGAGGAAAGUUAACAGGGGAAGCAUGUUGAGCUACAAUAGCUCCUCUUAAAUACAUGGAAACUCUCUAUUACUUAACGUGCCAUGUAAUAAUAUUAAACUGAGUUAAAAUAUCAAAUAAAGGAAAAAGAUCUUCAAUAAAUAAUUAGAUUAAGUAAGUUGUGGAACAAUUUGAAGAAUAAAAAGGUAAAUGUUUACAAUUUAUUACAGAAGAAGAAGACCAUAAUAACAAUGAGAAAAUAACCAAAUAUCUACCUUCCUCUUUCUUUAUUUUCUUCUUCUUCCUUAUUGAUCUUUUAACCAAAAAUAAAUAAAUGAUACGGCCUUUUAUAAUUCAUAAUCAGAUUAUACAUUCAAGGAAUCCUUAUAUUCAUAAAUGUUGUGGCUGCAUACAUUUAAGAAUAGGAGCCUUCUUUUCUUGUUUAAUAUGGAUGGGACUUUCUUUAUAUUUUACAAUAUUAUCAUUUCAGGCUAAAAGUCCUUUUUAUACUCAAAUGAGCGAUAAUAACACUGGAGUUUAUCUAUUUGGUUUAAUCAAUCUUAUUUUUUUUACUAUUUGUUUAGGGUCAUUAAUUCCUAUUUAUUUGAGAUCUGCAAAUGGUAUGCGAAUAGCCUCAUUAACCAUAUUUAUUCUAGUCUUUAUUUUGUUAUUGGAUACAUUUAUAAACACAGUUUUAUUCAUCGUUCAAAAGGACAAUUAUAUUCAACAUUGCAGUGAUAUAGAUUUAAACCCCUAUAAUCUCGAUUUCACUAUUCUUGAUGAAAACCGAUUUAUAGGGAAAGAAGAGUUUUUCAACUGUAACAAAACUUGGGAAAAUGAAUUAAAGUUUACGAUUUUAUCAACUAUAAUAAUGAUAAUAACUUAUUCAUAUUGGACAAUUACUAUUUAUUCCUUUACUCGAAAACUUAACCUAGAAUUAAAAACAAUUAUUUAUAGACAAAUGUCACAUAUGCCGUCUGCAGCCAUAAUGGGAAAUAUUAUACCUCCACAAAGGCCAAUUGUAACCGGAGCAGAUAUCAUGUUGUAAUUGGAACAGUGGGUCGGUACAACAAUCCAAAAUUGGAUGAUUAUAAUACACUGUUUAUUUUAUAUUUCAUAUAUUUUUUUUUCUUUUUCUUUUCUUUUUUUUUCAUUUUUCUCUUCCCUUUCCUCUCUAUCAUAUAUACAUACAUAUUUUUAUAUAUAUUUUUUUUUCUUUCAU